AAGCAACUUUAGCAAUGUUAUUUUUAGAUAAAUUCAAAUGUAAAAUAACCAAAGUAUUUAUGCUACAUAUAGUUAUUGCAAAUUAUACAAUAGAAUUAUUACUUUUUCAUACUACGGAAUAUAUUAACUUUUAACAUUUAACCCACUGUUUUACAUAUGUUAUUAUAUUUUCCUAGAUAUAUUCGCUUCAUUGGUUUAAAUAUUGUUACUUUGUAAUAAAACAUGUUUCCAACAGAUUUGAAGUGUCUCUCCGAUUGGAAAUUGAAAGCAUUUUUUAAUAGUUUUGAUGUUAUUUUUUGUGAUUGUGAUGGAGUGAUAUUAUCGCAACAGAAUGUAUUAAGUGGUAUUCCUGAUGCGAUAUAUGCUCUGAAACAAAUUGGCAAAAAGAUAAUGUAUGUUACAAACAAUACGAGUAUAUCCAGAAGAAAACUGCAAGAGAUAUUUAAGCGUGCUGCAAUCGAUGUCGAUGUUAAUGAUGUAAUAAAUCCAGCCGUUGCAAUUGGAGCAUAUUUUCAGAAGAUACAAUUUACAAAGAAAGUUUUUGUCAUUGGUUUGCCUGGUCUUCGUGAGGACUUAACUUCGUCUGGAGUUGAUAUUGCAAACGAGGCUUAUGAUACAUUGGAUAACUAUACUGUAGAAUGUCUUAAAAAGAAAUUAAAUUCUCGUGAUGACAACGUUGGGGCGGUUAUAAUUUGUUUGGACUUCAAUAUGACCUUACUGUCUUUAAACCAAGCUCUCAAUUACUUACAAGAUCCAAAUGUCUUGUUUAUUAUUACUGGAACCGAGAAAACCUUAUUCCGGUCAUCGUUGUCAACGAAUCGCCCUCGUCAAAUUUGUCUAGGUGCCGGGUACGUACAAAACAUUGUACAGGAUGUAACCCAACGAAAACCUUUGGGUUUUGGUAAACCACUUGAAGGUCUUGAACAAUAUCUAAAGUGUUUAAUAAAGGAACACAACUAUAGAGCGAGUCGAAUAUUAUUUAUUGGUGACAGUUUAAAUCAAGAUGUAUUGUUUGCAAAAAAGCUGGGUAUACGGCAAUUGCUUGUAUUAACAGGCAAUACUAAAUUAAAAGAUUUAUACCAUUGUAAUAAUAACCAACUCCCGGAUUAUUAUAUUCAUGGGCUGUCUGAAUUAACAACACUUCUACGUCGAGUGUAAUUAUGUUAGUUUAUUAAACACAUACGUUAACAAUAGAAUCAAUAAUAAUUUACAGCCAUAAUGAUCAACCUCUAAGUUGUUUUUAAGCCAUAACGUAUUAUAACAAAUAUAAUAAUUCAAACUCAA